AUAUGGUCCCCAGUCUUUGACCUAACCAACAGGCGUUCCACACACUGAUUGCCACAUUCACCAGUGGGUGGCGCAACUAGUGUUCAACUUUUUUUAUAACAAAUCGGAUCAUGUGCACCCUUAUAUGCGUAACAUUGUUGCGUCACUGGGUAUUCGGUCAAAAAUAGUCACUGUCAGGCAGUCACACCGAAAUGAAUGUCAGUUAAUGAAAAUGCUUGAAAAUUAAACUCAGAUUGUUUGCAGCUUAAUUAUUUUUAUUGUAUAGUUUUAACAGCCAUUAUCGUUUAGCAUACUUUAAUUGGUCUCGGUUAAAGUGUGAUCAUCUCCGCGGUGACUCGGUUUCCAAAAUCACAGUCGGCGUGGGACAGCAACCAGAGUAUUAAAACUGCUCGGCUUGCUUUUACUCUCUAUGAGCCGCGCGCGCGCGCGCGUGUGUGUGUGUGUGUGUGUCCGUCCGCCCUCGCGCGCGCGCGAGUGAAUGAGAGUAAGUGGGUGUCGCUGUGUGCUCGCUUCGAGCGCUACACAAUGAUCACACCAGACAAGGAAGCCGUAGAAGACGGCGCGGUUCAGCGGAAGAACAAUCAGUCUGUAUCAAGUCCCGUUUUUUUCUUUCCCCUUUUUUUUUUAGCGCUCGCUCCGCGGUUUCCGGUUGGAUCAGGCGUGUUGGCAGACACAAGGCUCUCGGUGGAGAAUAAUGUGCCAGCGAUCGGCGUGUGCGCGACGCUCGGGUCCCGUUGAUCCGCGGAGGGCGCGAGUACCGAGCCAAAUCCGCUGCCCCGAAGCCCCCGCUGUGUGAGACAUGGUGACAGAUGCACAUCGCGGGAAGGACCAUGGCUGAACGGGCCAGCAAAUUCGUACUGAUCGUCGUUGGCUCCGUGUUCUUCAUGCUCAUCCUGUACCAGUACGUUGCGCCCGGCGCGAUCAACUUCGGCUCGCCGGCGCAUGGCUACCUCGCAGAGGAAGACAUGACAAUCUUUCCCACGCCGGAUCCUCACUAUGUAAAAAAGUACUACUUCCCGGUAAGGGACUUGGAGCGCAGCGUGGACUUCGAGAUCAAGGGCGAAGACGUGAUCGUGUUCCUGCACAUCCAGAAGACCGGCGGCACCACUUUCGGACGGCACCUGGUGCAAAACGUGCGGCUCGAGGUACCGUGUGAUUGCAGGCCGGGCCAGAAAAAGUGCACUUGCUACCGACCGAACCGCAAGGAGACGUGGCUCUUUUCGCGCUUUUCCACCGGCUGGAGCUGCGGCUUGCACGCCGACUGGACCGAGCUGACCAACUGCGUGCCCGGAGUCCUCAACAGGAAGGAGAGCAAGACAAAGAAACUGAGGAAGUUCUACUAUAUCACACUUCUUCGGGAUCCGGUGUCAAGGUAUCUGAGCGAGUGGCGCCAUGUGCAACGAGGAGCCACGUGGAAGACUUCGCUGCACAUGUGUGACGGACGCACGCCGACACCCGAGGAGCUUCCCACUUGUUACGAUGGCGCAGACUGGUCAGGCUGCACCCUCCAGCAGUUCAUGGAGUGUCCCUACAACCUGGCCAACAACCGUCAAGUGCGCAUGCUGGCCGAUCUGAGUCUGGUAGGUUGCUACAACGCGUCCACGCUGCCCGAGAAGCAGCGCGCGCGUCUCUUACUCGAGUCCGCUAAGAAGAACCUGCGUGACAUGGCCUUCUACGGGCUCACCGAGUUUCAGCGCAAAACGCAAUACCUUUUUGAGCGCACCUUCCGUCUCCGCUUCAUCCGGCCGUUUGUGCAGUACAACAGCACUCGUGCAGCCGGCGUUGACCUGGAGGAUGGCAUCAUAAGCCGCAUCGAAGAGCUCAAUGAUCUCGACAUGCAGCUCUAUGACUACGCAAAAGACCUGUUCCUUCAGCGGUACCAGUACACACACAUAUUGGAGAGGCGGGAACAAAGAAUGAUGCUCCGAAAUCGAGGCUCUUACUACAGCCAGGUACGGGAGGAGGGUGCAGGCGGAGAGGGCACAGCUCGGUUGCCCACUGAGGACUACAUGAACCAGAUUGUUAGUGGAUGGUAGCCCAGGAGAUCUCUCUUUAAAAACAAAGAGAGACAUGAAGACAUAUAAUGGGUGGAGAAUCCCUCUUUUCUCCUACCUAUGGAGAAACAAAAGGGUUAUCAGCAGUUGACUUUUUUUUUUUUCUUUUUUUUUCUCUGCCAGGAAUCCUUCAAGAAUAAGAUGCGAAGAUAGUGAGUGGUGGCCAUGGCCUUUUUCCAAGAGAAGGGAUCAUUAUGGGCACUUUCACUCUCUUUUCCCCAGGGAUCCUUAAAGAGAGAGGUGCAUAAUGAGAAAACUGAGAAAUGGUGGGUGAAGGAAAAAUUUCUGUUUCAGCUCCUCUAGAAAGAUGGGAUCAUUAUGGACCCUUGGUUUCGUUCCUACCAGAAAUCUUUAAAAAGACAGAACCGUGCAGAGGCAGAGAAAUGGCAAAGAUCAUGAGUAGAGGAGUCAUCUCUUUCUCAUCUCUUAGACAUACCGCACAUUGCAAGCUCUUUGUCGUUCCUAAAUGAAAAAGGUGUAGUUUGGGUCAGACCUACAAAGGAUGUUAGUUAUUGAGGAGACCAGGUGUUGAGUGCACCUUUCCGGAUGGGUUGAGCACAUAUCCCUGUCCCCUCCAUAAGACCCAGACCUAAAUUGGAAAUGCUUAAUACAAUUCAACCAGUAAAGCGUUGCAUCAGCGAGCUGCAACACAAUUCUAAAAAUCUUAGUUUUGUAUAAGAAUGAAAGAAAAAAUAAUAAUAAUGCGAAUAAAAAUCACUUGUCUUAGGAAAGUCAUCCAAAUAUUCGGGAUAUUCAGAAUGUUUUAUAUUCUGUGUAUAAAUCUAAAGGGUUUUUUUCCCUCUUUUUUUUUUUGGUUUGGUUUCGGAAAACUGAAAUGCAGAGGCUGGAAAUGAGAUUAUUACUAACAGACGCUGUGACUGAGUUUGUUUUAAGAGAGAUAAAUGUUAAUAUAUAAUACAGACAUGGCCUUGGGUUUUCCAGCAUAUGUUUCUACCAUUGUAUGUGCUGACUGUGUAAGUGCCCAGCCUCUCUGCCUACGACAUUUUAUUCAUCAGUUAAACAGAGACGUUCUUGGUGAGACAUGUUCGCUCCAGGAGCAAAUAAGUUCACGUCAUGGCUCCAUCUACAAUCUCGACAGCGUCUAAGAAUAGUACAAGAAACUAGGUCACAUGACAACACCACUGUACUUUUUUUUUCAUUUUGGGAAAAGCAUGAAGUUUUGCUUUAAACCUGCACAAAUGUGUGACUGAAAAUGUGUGUGUGUGGGGGUGUGUGUGUGUGUGUCCGACAUCUAAUUGUGUCCAUGUGUGCAUGUACGUAUGCGUGCGUGCUGAUGGCUUUGUUUGUUUCGGUUAAAUGGAAGUGCAUUCAUCAUGAACAAUCCAAUUUCUCAGUCCCUGCACUUUCAUUUUAGCAUAAAGACUCCACACUACGUUCCCUCUCACAUUCCAUGCAUUCAAAUUGAAUUAGACGUAAGCAGAUACCGAGGUGGAUGGAUCCCAUGCAGAAACAUGACAAAGCCAGAGGUGACACUUCAUAAUCGUCCCUGUCAAUCCCCAAUGAAAGCGUUCUUACCCUAAGUAAUAAGAGAGUGUGGAAAUACGCUGUGUGUGCGUGUGUGUGCGUGUGUGUGGUUCUAUAUUUGUGUGAGCGAGCAUUUUAAUAUGAGGCAUUUUAAAUAUGACUCCCGUUUGUUUUCCAUUCAUAUUCUAUAUUGUUGUACUGUAUUAGUACUUCUGUUAUGCUGAAUUGAUCUUAAAGUUACCAAUAAAGACAUUUUCUUUUUUUUUUUUUUAAACUAAACUCUUCUUCAUUCUUUCAAGCUCAUUUUAUGACCUGCACCUUUGAUCGCUUUGUAAGAACAUCAUGAUUGCAUUGUAUUUGAUGCCGUGUUCCUUCUGGCAAGAUCGUCUUUUGGUCUUUUGUGUCUAAUCCUUAGUAAGUGCAUGAUGAAUUUAAAUGAACAUUAUUUUGGUUUAUAUUAAAUCGAACAAAGCAAAUCCGAGAGCAUACGAUAUAUCCUCUGGGAAUGAACGAUGGAUUUUCAGGAAAGGAAAAU